AUGUUACAGCGUGACGUUGCUGUGCCAGGUCCUUAUCAUGCUUUCUUCUCGUUUCCGGUGAAUAAGGGAGGCUAUAGUGGAGUGGCAGUGUAUACCAACUCGAGAAAUGUAGUGCCCUUGAAAGCGGAAGAGGGGCUGCUAGGGACACUGCAACCGAAACCACCUUUGUCUGAAGAAGAGCGCAUAUCUACAGCUUAUCCACGCGCACAUCAUAUCGACGCAUUUCCUGACGAGGCAGACGAAACAAGUUCAUGUUUUGAUGCUCUUGACUUUGAAGGGCGUACUCUGGUGUUAGACUUUGGCUUGUUCGUCCUCAUCAACGUUUAUUGCCCCGCUGAAACAUCUGAUGCACGGUUGCCCUUCAAGAUGAACUUCCACCUUCUGCUACAGGAGCGCGUUAGGAAGCUCAUUGAAGAGGAACACCGCGAAGUCAUCGUACUUGGUGAUAUAAAUAUCGCCGCUGCCCCACUCGACCAUGGCGAUGGUCAUCUUCCUAGCAAUGUCGCCACCUUUUGGGACCAUCCUGCCCGGCAGUGGUUUCGGCAGUGGCUCAAUCCAAAUGGACCCAUGAUUGAUGUCAUACGCAGUUUCUGGCCCGACAGAAAAGGCCUCUUCACAUGCUGGAAUAUGAAGCUUCAAGCCAGAGAGACUAAUUAUGGCGCUCGCAUUGAUUAUGUUCUCAUAACGCGCGGACUGCUUCCAUGGAUUAAGCAUGGAGAUAUUCAGGCUUCCCUUAAAGGUUCCGACCACUGCCCCAUAUUUGUUGACCUGCACGAUGAGAUUACUCUCGAAUCAGGAGAGUUAAUCAAACUAUCGGACGCUAUGAAGCAGAAGGAAGGCAUGCAGGCACCGCGGCUGUCUGCCAAGUUCUGGGAAGAGUUCUCUGGAAAGCAAACUAUGCUAUCUACGUUUUUUGGAAAGCGAAAUAGCUCUCAACUGCAAACUUUCGAUGAGACCACGGCAAACUUCUCAGUACCCCUUCCGCGGUCGCCCCAAUUCUCAUCUAGUAGCGUACCUCUCACGGAUGAAGGGAUGUCCAUAUCUACCUCGAACUCAAAUGCCUCUACUGAAACUAUCCGAAACUCUAAACCGCUGCGACUAAUAGCCUCUGCGCCUUUAAAACGCAAACCAUCUGAAAAAUCUUUCACGAGUGGUUCUACGAAGAAGAGAAAAGCCGAAGCCGGUCAGUCGAAGAUCGCCUCUUUCUUCUCGAAACCGACUAUCUCCAAAUCCCAACCGAAGGAGGUCAUCGUGCUUGAUGAAGCGGAUUCAUUUCCUGACGCGGUUCCUUCGUGUUCACCACCCAGUACUUUUCCUUCUAGCGAUCACCAGCUUGAUGCCGAUUAUCGCCUUGCUUGUGAGCUCUCUGCGACUCAAGUAGAUUUGAUCACUCAGAGUGAAGCAUCCCAGCCUAACGCCUCGACAUCACAAAAUACCAGCAAAAACGCGUGGUCGGACCUUUUUGCGCCAUUGCAGCCCCCCAGAUGCGUAACGCAUGGCGAACCCGCCAAAUUAUACACAGUGAACAAGCAAGGACCUAACAAAGGGAAAAAGUUCUACAUUUGCUCGCGUCCCGUCGGUCCUGGAUAUGACAAGGGAAAAGGGGAACGUCCUAGGGAUGAAGUCAAUCAUCAAUAUCGCUGUAAUUUUUUCAAGUGGGCAAGUGACGUCAAGAAAGAAGCAAGGCAAGACAAGCAUAGAGCGAGCCAACUACGCGUUGGUUCAUCGUAA